UACUUCUAUCUGCAAUGCUUAAUGGAAUUCUUUCGGCUGCUAAUGGUACAUUAUUAAGCAAUGUUGGAAAUGAACUUGGUAAUGGUAUGCUACUCGACGUUCAUGCAUUGAAAACUUCAUUACUGGAAAUGCCAACAAUGGGUAUGGAAAAUCCAGUACCACCACCACCAACGUAUAUCAAAUUAGUGAAUAAAGGAAUCAACAAAGCUGAAACUAUCUUGAAGACAGUUCUUACUCCGCAUGAUCCACCUGAAGGAUUAGUAGAAAAUUACAUUUUAUUAAUAGCAGAUAAAAAUAUAAGUAAUUUUCAAAAAAUAUUGGAUAUAAAGGGCCUAAAGAAAAAUGAACAACAACAAUUAACAGAAAUAUUUCAACAAAAAAUACAUGCGCGUCCCAAAAUAACGCGCCACCUACCCUUCAAAUUAGAAGUU